UGGUCAUUCUAGUAUUUAUACUCUCCUGCCAGCGUUGCGCUGAGCAACAUUUUUUAUUUGACCUAAAUACUAUCGCUUCGACCGUACAAUACCGUAGCCAUUGAAACUGAACUGAAUUCAGAGAUUUAGUUCGUAAAAACGAGAUGCUUUGAAUCAUUACUUAGGAGAUAUUUAUUUUAAAUCUAGGCUAUACCGUUUUUAUCUCUAAUUUGGUCUCGGACUGAAGAUACCGCUAUUUUUUUCCCCAACAAUUGUAGGCGAUGAUAUAGCAAGAAUAAUAUAAUAUGCGAUUAGAACAUAACGUUUAGAAAAUAAAUAUCAAUAAAUGUUUUUUUUUAUUUAUGUUUGAAUUGUCCAUCUCUUCUCGGGAGUGAGGGAAUUCAAACGGUGAUGUCAAUCUUGCAUUAACGAGCAUUUUGAAAUUUCUGCUCUAGGGAUGUUACCGAAGUUCUGCGGUAGAGGAAGCUUUGUCAUUGCCCUCCUGUGGUCUUUAACCUGCGUGUUUAUAUUUUGUGAAUUUCUGAUUUACUAUUCGGCUGUAUUUCAAUGUGUUUGGCCCGACACAGUGCCACAGUCUAACAAGGGAAGAGAGAGCUCAGCUCCGGUCCUCAGAGCUCUGUUUUUAUCCGAUACUCAUCUCCUCGGUGCCAUCAGGGGACACUGGUUUGAUAAACUCCGACGGGAAUGGCAGAUGGAAAGAGCAUUCCAGACCGCCAUGUGGUUCCUGCGGCCAGAGAUAGUUUUUAUUCUUGGCGAUAUCUUUGAUGAAGGAAAAUGGAGUUCACCAAAGAAUUGGGAAGAUGAUGUGAGACGCUUUCGUCAGAUGUUCAGACAUCCAGACGAUACAGAGCUGGUCGUAGUAGCUGGCAACCAUGAUAUCGGCUUUCAUUAUGAAAUGGAUUUGUUCAGGUUGCAAAGGUUUGAGAAAGUCUUCAACGUCACCUCUGCAAGAGUUGUGACAAAGAAAGGUGUCAAUUUUGUCUUGGUGAACAGUGUAGCCCUUCAUGGAGAUGGCUGCUAUAUCUGCCAGAUGGUGGAGAAGGAACUCAUUAAAAUCUCUCAUGCACUUAACUGCUCUAUACAGUCAAAUCCGAUGAAUGAACGUUGCCUUGGUGUGGAAAACUUUCCUUCAACACGUCCCAUUCUUCUUCAGCAUUAUCCCCUUUAUCGAGUGAGUGAUGCUGAAUGUACUGGCGAAGAUUCAGCUGCUCCUGAGGAGAAGAACCUGGUGUUCAAAGAGCAGUAUGAUGUUCUUUCCCAGGAGGCUUCCCGAAAGUUGCUAUGGUGGUUUCGUCCCAGGUUGAUUCUGAGUGGCCACACCCACAGUGCCUGUGAAGUGCUCCACGGUGAAACGUUUCUUGAGGUCAGCGUCCCAUCGUUUAGUUGGAGAAAUCGCAACAACCCCAGCUUCAUUCUGGGCAGCAUAUCGUCAUUAAACUUCACCCUUUCCAAGUGUUUUCUGCCACGAGAGAGCACUGUCAUUUCCAUCUACUGCUUUGCUGGCUCUCUGUUGAUCAUCUUGACGUUAUUUUACUUUCAGCUCUUGAAAGGAAUGCUUCACUGUGUAAGUUGCCUGGUUAGCAAGCACAAAUCCCUGUGAUUCACACCUUGCUCCUCAAAAACAGAUCACCAUUGUGUGGCUUGUAUCAAAAGCACAAACCUUUCAAAUAGUUCAUUGAAAUGUAAAAUAAAAUAUUAAGAGUUUUAAUGGUAUUAAUGGUUACUGUUGCACAAAUUUUAAAAAUAAAAUGUUUUAAGAAUUAA